GCCUGCGCCACAAGGAGCCCGGAGGAGGCGGCGGUGGCGUUUACUGGGUGGAUUCUCAACAGAAGCGGUACGUACCCGUGAAAGGAGACCACGUGAUUGGCAUAGUGAUUGCUAAAUCUGGAGAUAUAUUCAAAGUUGAUGUUGGAGGGAGUGAGCCAGCUUCUUUGUCUUACCUGGCAUUUGAAGGAGCAACUAAAAGAAACAGACCGAAUGUGCAGGUUGGAGAUCUCAUCUAUGGCCAGUGUGUGGUUGCUAAUAAAGACAUGGAACCAGAAAUGGUCUGUAUUGACAGCUGUGGACGGGCCAAUGGAAUGGGUGUGAUUGGACAGGAUGGUCUGCUCUUCAAAGUGACUUUGGGCCUAAUUAGAAAGCUAUUAGCUCCAGAUUGUGAAAUCGUGCAGGAACUGGGAAAACUCUAUCCAUUGGAGAUUGUGUUUGGAAUGAAUGGAAGAAUAUGGGUCAAGGCAAAAACCAUUCAGCAGACUUUAAUUUUGGCUAAUGUCUUAGAAGCUUGUGAACACAUGACCACAGAUCAAAGAAAACAAAUCUUUGCCAGACUGGCAGAAAGUUGACAUGAACACCUCUUUAAUGGCUCAUUUUAGUCAAGACUAAGUUUCCUGGGGAAAUCUUUUUUUCAGAUGAACCUCUUCCUAUCACAUAUUCAGAAGAUGCAUAUUGUCUUACUAGAAUCCAAUAAAAUAUUUUUAUAAGAGUUA